AUGGAGUUCCUGGUUGAUGAAGCGCUUGAGGAGGAGCUGCAGCAGAGCAGUGACCCUCGCGUCCAUCUCAUCGCCGGCGCCUGUGCCGGUCUCAUGGAACACUGCGGCAUGUUCCCCAUCGACACUACCCACCAGCAGCUCGCUGGAUCUCGAACGAGCAUAGCCGCCACCAUCCGGACCAUCGUCGCCAAGAACGGUGUCACGGGCCUCUUCCGAGGUUUGCCGGUGGUGGUGGCGGGCUCGGCUCCGGUGCACGGUGUCGCCUUCUCCAUCUACGAGUUUUGCAAACGCCUCUUGGGCGCCGAUCAACCGGGCCACCACCUGCUGGCGUCGAGCAUGUCGGGCGUGGUGGCGACCCUCGCACACGACGCCUGCCUUGCCCCCGUCGACACCCUUAAGCAGCGCCUUCAGUUCUCCGCCCGCCCCUACCGGGGCGUGUGGGACUGCUUUGGCCAUAUUUUGAAGAGCGAAGGCGUGUCGGGUUUCUACCGCGGUUACACCACGGCCGCGGUCAUGAACCUGCCCCACGCCAGUAUUUAUUACGGGGCCUACGAGAGCAUAAAGAAGCUGCUCAAGCGGGCGACGGGGAAGGAGUACGAGAGCAACGACCCGGUCACCCACAUGCUCGCCGGAGCUGCCGGCGGGUGCCUGGCGGGCGGCCUCACCAACCCGCUUGACGUCGGCAAGACCCGGCUUCAGGUGGGCACGGACGCGGGGAAGAGCUACCGGGGCAUGGUGAGUACGCUCCGCACGAUAUACCGGGAGGACGGGUGGGCGGGCUUCACCAAGGGCAUCCGACCGCGGAUGGUGUUCCACUCCAUGUCGGCCGCCAUCAGCUGGACCACCUACGAAUACAUCAAGCACACCCUCGAACCCUCCUUCUCCUCCCACUCUCCUCCAUCCUCCAAUAAAAGCGGCCCCUCGUGA